AACACCUAAAAUUCAUCAAGUGCUAACAGGUGCAGUGGAAGUGGUCUAAUUCCUUUCCUAAUUCAUCCAACACUCCGAACAAUGGGACUCGAACAUCGCUUUUGCCCCAUCAAUGGACAUACACUUGCUGCCCCAACCGACGCUGACGGCUUUGAAUCGUACUUCGUGAGACCGGAUCUGCCCUCUCGGUGCACAUGGAAACUCGGAACGGAAGAGGCCAGUCCUCAUCAAAGUAGGCCACUCAUACACAAAGAAAAAGCUCUUAACAGCAUUUUGGAAGCGAUCGGCAACACUCCCCUGGUCAAGCUGAACAAAAUUCCCCAGCAGUUCGGUGUAAAAUGCAAUGUCUACGUCAAGUGUGAAUUCCUCAACCCGGCCGGUUCGGUCAAGGAUCGGAUCGGACUACGCAUGAUCGAGGAAGCCGAGGAGCAGGGUCUACUGAAACCGGGCUACACAAUUAUCGAGCCAACAUCCGGCAAUACCGGAAUCGGUCUUGCACUGGGUGCCGCCGUCAAGGGGUACCGGUGCGUAAUUGUCAUGCCGGAAAAGAUGUCCAACGAGAAGGUCGAUACACUGCGAGCUCUCGGCGCGGAAGUUAUCCGUACUCCGAACGAGGCGUCUUUCGAUUCUCCGGAAGGAUUGAUUGCAGUAGCACAGCGUUUGCAACGGGAACGUCCCAAUGCGGUCAUACUAAAUCAGUACACCAACAGAUGCAAUCCAUUGUCACACUACGACGGAACUGGUGCGGAGAUUGCCGAACAACUUGACAAUAAAGUCGACAUGAUUGUGAUGGGGGCUGGUACUGGCGGAACCGCUACGGGAUUAGGUAGAAAGUUGAAGGAAAUAAAUCCCAACUGUCUGGUAGUCUGUUCCGAUCCAUGGGGAUCCAUACUUGCCCGGCCAGAACAGUUAAACGAGACGGACUGUAAGUUCUGGGAAGUGGAAGGAGUAGGAUAUGAUUUUGUGCCGACCGUGUUGGAUCGUGGGAUCAUCGAUCAGUGGAUCAAGUAUAACGACAAAGACGCUUUCAAUAUGGCCCGAAAAUUGAUCGCAGAAGAGGGUUUACUUUGUGGAGGAAGUGCUGGAGGAAACACUCACGUAGCAUUGAUUGCUGCCAAAUCACUGAAAGAACAUCAAAACUGCGUUGUAGUUCUUCCGGAUAAUAUCCGAAAUCAUCUGACGAAGUUUGUGUCGGAUAACUGGAUGGAGGCGCGGAAUUUUAGGGAGAGCGUCAACGUUCACAACCACAAAUGGUGGAAUCAACCGAUCACUUCGUGUUUGGGAAAAGAUAAUCCGGUCUCAAUUACCCCGAGCGUGUCGAUUAGAGAAGCUGUGAGCAUAAUGAAUACUCACCAAUUUCAUCAGCUACCGGUAAUCAACAAUGAUGGAACGGUACAGGGAGUUGUCUACUUGACUAACUUAAUGGGAAAGUUAGUAAAUAAUUCAGCAAAACCGACAGAUCCAUCUUCGAGAGCAAUAUUCAAACAAUUCGUCAAGGUAAACCGGGAGUGUACCUUGGGACGAGUCUCUCGAAUUCUUGAAAAGGAUCCUUUUGUUAUAAUUGUAGAUUUUGAGGAAAUUCACACUUCACAAGAACAGUCGGUCAUCCAAGAGAAGCUAGUUGGAGUUAUAACUCAGCGGGAUAUACUGAAUUUCAUUAUUAGAUAAUAAUUAUAAAACUGCUUG